CAGAGGUGCACUUCAAGUUAUACGCUGCCAGUGCAUUGCAUGAUUGACCUACUGUACCAAGGUAUAUUCUACCGCAACAACUUAGCCAUUCAGUGGCAGGUGUUAUAUCCGAGGUACUUACUUGUGCCCACUACUAGUAGUACAGUACAGUACUACUCUGCUGGUGCCACUUGGCGGUAAGGCGCUCUCAACCUACAGUGCCUACAGUACUACCGACUUUACGCGAGGUACUCGAAGCCUGCAUUCAGGGACAUUUUCGGGCCAUUUCCCCUUCUUCGGCGCAAGAGCGAGACGACCAGACGGGCGUAAACUGGAGCGAGAGGGGGUGGAUUUUUGAGAGAGUACUUGGGUGGAUAGAGAGGACGCGUGUUUGUGCAUCGUCGGCACAGCCAACUCCUACCCAUCCUGGCGCGGGGGACUUACUGUUUCAAUUGGGGGGCCUACCUUUUACCACCGAUUGGGAUCUGAUUGUCAGUUCCAAAAGGAAAUCCAACUCAUUGUCAAAGUUGAUCUUCUGCUGCUCGACGAUUUCCCAAGGCGCCAGUUGGCACGUCCUACCAGAUACCAUGGCCACCACCCCUGGCAGAAAGGCAUACCCAAGCUCCCCCAGCUCUGGUGAUGCAAAAUCAAGUCCUGACGAUUUGAGCCUGUACAUCCUCACAUUCAACUGUGGCCGGACGCCCGUGCAGCCAGACGUGUUUGCGCCAUACUUGUUCUCGGCACUCAACGACCAUGAGCGGCCACCUGAAUUGCUCGUGCUGUGUCUGCAGGAACUGGCGCCCAUCGCAUACGCGUUUCUCGGCGGGUCCUUCCUCACGCCGUACUUGGAUGCGUUUCGCGAAGUGGUUCGGUUGGCUUGUAAGCGGUUUAAUUCGAACACAGCUGGCCUUGGUGGUGGUGGUGGUGGUGGUGGUGGUGGUGGUGGUGGUGGUGGUGGUGCUUCUGCAACUGACUCGGCUUUGCCAAGCUACGCCAACGUCGUGACGCGCAAUCUGGGACUUACAGCCAUCAUGGUCUUUGCAAGGGCAGACGUCGUGGACAAUAUCGCUUGGAUUCGCACGGCGGGAGUCGGCCUGGGCGUCAGCGAGAUGGGGAAUAAAGGCGCAGUGGGCGCUCGGCUGGGGUACAGAUUGAACCAUAACAAGCCGCAUGACUCUCGCUCUGGCUCUGGCUCUGGAUCCGCUGCUGGAGGCAAUAACCAACAAGGAGCAAAUGAAGAAGUUAUGCAAUUGACCUUUGUGGCGGCCCAUUUGGCAGCUAUGGAAGAAGCACUGGAACAGCGCAACGAGGAUUACAAGAACAUCGUGCAAAGAUUGGUGUUUGUGCCAGAGAAGAAGUCUACGUCUAAACCAAAGAAACGCGAUCGUGACGAACACGAACAGACAGAAUCGGAGUCUGAGCCUUUACUCCAAGGGCAAGAGGAAGAAGAUGAGCGGCCUCUGCUCCACCACCAACAACAAAAAGAUACUACUAUUAACCAAGGAGGAUCCGCCACUACAGCAGCAGCAGCAGCAGCAGAAGCAGAGAAUGGGAUAUAUUCGGCUCAAUCAUACCUCUUCUUCGCCGGCGACCUCAACUACCGCACAUCUCUACUCCCGCCCUCAGCGCAAGACGUCAAGGAGCGAUUUCCCAAGCCCACAAACGACAUCAACGACCCUCGACAUUUUCGACAUCUGUUGGCGGAGGACCAGCUGACGCAGCAAGUCCAGGCAGGGAAGACACUGCAUGGGUUGACGGAGGCGCCGAUCGAUUUCCCGCCAACGUACAAAUACAGUCUGGACGGCAAGAAGCCUGUCAUUCUGGAUGAGGGAUUAUCGGCCUGGCCGUGGGCCAGGCACCGCUGGCCAAGUUGGUGUGAUCGGAUUUUCUUCUUGCAGCCUCCUUCUCCUCCUACUGCUGCUGCUGCUGGCGGCGGCGACGGCGGCGGCGUCGGUUAUGAUAAUGAUGAUAAUGACACAACUGGGCGUGACUGUGAUGGUGCAGUGACCAAGGUUUCUGUGUCGAAAUAUACGUGUCUGCCGAUAUUUGCUACUUCGGAUCAUCGCCCCGUGGCGCUGGCUGCAAAGGUGCCGCUGAAGCCGGUCAAGGUGCCCAUACUACCGCUGGAGGCUACGACUGAGCAGGAGGACGACAGCAGCAAUGUUGAUGAAGGGUUAUAUGCUCAGAACGCAGCAGCAGCUAAGGCGGCGGCUAAGGCCCCCUUUCCCGUUGAUCCGAACUGGAGGAGUCGAAGGGCAUCGGCGCGGAAGAAGGAAUUGCUCGUGGGGUUGAUGGCGUAUCUGGCCUUGACGAGGGAAGGGAAUGGUUUGCUGGGGGCUACUGUGGUGGGUGCGCUGGGAGGGUGGUUGGUUCUUAGGUCGUUGUUGAUGGCAUGAUGACUGGGAGGAGGCGAAGGAACUAGAAGUGGUCGUGGCGGUCAUGGUGGACACUGAGCGAGUACGUGGUGUGUGCAUGGUUGAUUGCAUGAUUGAUUUCAAAAACCCCAAUUGGGGUUUUGUCAAUUCUACUCUGGUCGAUAAAUGUCUAUCUACUUAGUACCUACCUAGUGCUAUGUACUUGUAGUAAGGUGGAAGAUGAAGACGGGGAAGAAGAUCGCACGCGAACAACGGUGUGUGUGUGUGUGUGUGUGUGUGAUAUUAGAGAUCGGAAUAUAAAUGCAUGAAAUCGA